UCGAAGCAGUUCAAAACAAAGUAUUUUGGUACCUCUUACAUCUUGAAUCAUUAAGGCCAAAUUUUUUUUUUUAUUUUUUCGUUUUGUUGAUCAAAAUAUAAUCGGUUACAAUUUCAACACUUUUUCUACAGCAAAACAGCAUCAUGUCGGCUCCAGUUCGUGGUAAUAAGGCCUCAAAGCUGAGGUCCGAAGAAAAAGUUGAAAAGCCUGCAUUCAUUGGACCUUCUUGGGCUCUUACUUCCACCCGAGGCAGAGCCUUUAAUCGUGGCUCCGAACCCACCAGUCGCGAUACCAGUCGCAUCCCGACCAUCCUUAGACCCAGAUCAAUCCCGACCAGUCGCAUACCUAUCCGCAGGCUUGCGGGUGACCCGAAGAGAAACACUUCCCCAAUUCGGGCCACUCCCUUGGAGGCAGUAACCAGUGCCAGUGCGUGUUCCUUGCCCUUGCUUCUAGCCUCCGAGAAUACAAUGGGCGAUCAUGAACGUAAACCUGAAGUGGACAAGGACUCUGUCAAGCGGACUAAAUGUUUGCCGCGCCCAAGGGCUAAGUCAACGACGGAAGCUGGUGAAGUUAUUUUAAAUAUUUUUAUUAUUUCUAUGGGAGCCAUAUGAUAUAGUCGUCCGAUUUUGAUGAGAUUUAAACCGUAAUUCUAAAAUAUUUAACCAUCACAAUGUGUCGA